GAUUCUGAGCUCUCCUCUUCCUGGCGUUCCCGUUUCCGCUCCUCACUGCGUUCAGUCUGAUUUUUAGAGUGGGGCUGGUGGCAUCGAUAUUGCGGCAAGUGUGUGGCGGAGUUCGCUUACAGUAAUGGUGAUACAAGCGGAUGUGUGAAUGUUAUUUGGUACGUUGAGUCACGACACUUGUUGGAGUAACCAUAUAGCUUUGCACUGGUCUUCGUUCAACCCUAACCAGAGUUGGUGCUCCAUCUGUGUGUUUGCUGCGCUGAUAAAUAAAGUGUGUCUGCAGGUCACAGUAGAGGCUGUUAUAGGAGGUUCUGUUGUCCUGCCGUGUUCUUCAACUGAACUCCAUCUUGAACUUCAAGACAUUAAUGUGCUUUGGAGACACAAUGGCAGUGAGACUAUUUAUGAUUUAAUUAGGGGUAAUGAUUCAGUAGCAGGACAGAACCCACGGUACAAGAACAGAGCUAAAACUUUCCCUGAUGAGUAUCUGAGAGGAAACUUUUCCAUCAAGCUCAUAAAUCUUCAACACACUGAUGCAGGACAGUUCAGCUGCUUCAUCACACACUCAUCUGAUUCUAAACAGGAGACUGUAUGGCUGAUCAUUAACGAAUCAACAGUAGAAAAAGCAAGCAAUUCUACUCAACAAGCAAACCAAGAACCAGAAAAAAAAAGCACACCGAUGGUAUCUAUCAAUAAUCUGUGUUUGCAUUUUUUUAUUUUUAAUAUUUUUUGUGUCUUUAAGAAUCUGUCAUAUUUCAUUUGAGAAAAAGACCUCAAGCUCCCAUAUAGAAGGAACUGUGGCAAACUGAAGGGCCCGCUGCACACAGCAAGUGUCAACAGCAUCUGAGCAGCCUGUAUUUUCCAGCACCCAUGUUAACAAAUAAGCGUUCACAUCCGAAGCAUGAGCAGCAUGUCAUUCGUAUUCUCUCACCUCAUAUAGUCUUGUUACAAUGUUGCUGACAGAAAUCAAUGUGCACUGCUUAUUCUUAUUGUAUAACAGAACGAGAUCUUGAAACAUUGAAAUGGGAACAAUUUUGCUGUCAAUCCUGUCAAUAUUCUGUACCACAAGUGUUUUUGCCAGAAUAAAUACUUUUAGUAUUCUUUAUGUAUU